AUUGUACACGUAUAUACGUACAUUUUAACAUAAGGUGUGUGCAGGCGGUUAAAAAAUCUUCUGUUUUUAGAAAGUACGUCGCCGGUUCCAACAAACCACUUCAGUGCAAAAUCAUUACAGACACCCAAACUGUGAAUGAAUUACCGUACUUGGCAACCGGGGUUGACAAACAACGAUAAAACCAAGAAUGAAGCCACAGGGAUAUCAGACAAUCACCGAUAUCGAUAAAGAAAGAAUGGUCGUGUCGGACUGCACGUAUAGAGCCAUAAUACUGAUAUUAUUUUCAAAGGUCAGUAUGUCACUCUUUCUACACCAAGAUAGGAUCAAAUACAUACAACAAAUGGACUGAGGGUAAUUCUAUGAAGACUUUUCAGAAGCACCAAGCACUUGACAGUUGACAUAUCAAACAAGGGCUUGUCGAAGGAGCAAUAAAUGCAACGAUGCUACCUUGUUGUGCUACACAGCUGAUGAAACACCAAAGGUGACCAAAGUACAAUGGGGGACGGUCUCAUUAGAAACAUCAUUGCAGCAUGCUGCUUCAUCUCGUGUUGCCGAACCUUCCUCGUACUGGUGUACUUAAUUCCAGAGAGCAAACCACCUGAUCACUAUCCACUUGGUUACACCGUCAUCAGGAAGGAGUACACUGCUGCUCCAGCUCGUGUAAUUGCUGGAAAUGUAAGCUUUGAAGGUUUUCAUGACGACAGUGACGACGCGCGACAGAAGAUGGUAGAGGAUGGAGAAGAGUUGGCGCGCCAAAGACGCAAAGAUUACAAUGAAGGUUUAGAAGUGGAUAUCGAGGGGGUACCUGUGGCAGAAGUAUCACAAAACUUUGAUCUGAUGCCUGCUGGAGGAUGUCCGGAUUCUGGGAGGGGAAUCUUCCUUCUUACCCUUGUCCAUUCCUUACCACCACAUUUCGAGCAGAGACAGGCGAUAAGAGAGACAUGGGCGAGGAAUUCAUCGCACGGGGCUGGUGCGCGCGUGGCUGUUAUUUUCGUAACCCCUGGCGUCAGUCCAAGACCAGAAGUAAUGAAAGGAUUGAAGAAAGAAGCAGCUAUUCAUAAUGAUAUAAUUCAUAGCGUUGCUGGAGAUUCACUGCGUACAUUUCGACCAUCAUCCAAAGUCCUUCUCUCCAUGAUGGGCUGGACACUCAACUACUGCACCCAUGCUAAAUUCGUGCUCUUUGCUCAUGACGAGCUCUUUAUCAACUUUCAUCAUGUGGUAGCACGCCUAAAACUGGUUACGCCUAAACCAUUUAGGACGUUCUCCAUUGGCAGGGUCAAGAAACUAGCCAAAGUGGAGCGAAAUGCUGUCAAGUGGGAUUAUGUACCCGAAUCUGUGUUCCCGAAAGAAACAUACCCAAAUUAUUGUGUUGGGGGAGCCGGUUUUGUUAUGUCUCUACCUUUUAUUAGACAGGUUCACCCUAGGGCUGUGCAAUUCAACAAAGAGGUAAAUGUCUUUCCAGCGAGUGAUGUUAUGGCAGGCAUCGUAAUAAACCAACUCAAAGCAGAGCCACUAUACCAUGAAGAAUUCCACAAAUCAGGUGGAGAAGCAAACUACUGUGACUUGCGAGAUACUCUCACCCUAGGUGACUUUAACACCCCAAAGCUGAUGCAUGGUGCUUGGAGAAACCACACAGACAGGAUGAACUGUCCCAGUCCUGUUCCGAAUGCCACUGAAAUUAAGUGGUGGACUAAAAAUGUUGAUCAUCGCCAGUACUUUAGCAACGUUUUCCAGUUCAUCCACACGCCAAAAUCAUUUUGCAAAGAUAAGGACAUCACAUUACUAGCGUUAGUGAGCACACAUCCUCACAAUGCAAAUCUCAGAAGUGCCAUACGAGUUACCUGGGGUAGUCCAGACUAUACCAAAGCAAUGAAAGUACGGGUGUUGUUUGUUCUCGGUAGAGCAGCAGUAGAGACACCCGGAACCGUUGACCUCGUUCAGAAGGAGUCCGACAACUUUGGGGAUAUUCUUCAAGCAAAUUUUGUAGAAUCGUUCCAUAAUCUAACUUUGAAGGUCAUUCUAGGCCUACGUUGGGCGUCCAGUGAAUGUUCAUCAGCGAAGUUCGUCUACAAAGGGGAUGAUGAUAUGUUAGUCAACUUUGAGCAUAUGACCGGCUAUCUCAACCAACUCCCAGUAUUCAAAUCGCAAAAUAUUUUUAUGGGGAACCUUAUGACAAUGAGCCCCGCCAUCAGAACGCCCUCCAAAUACCAAAUCCACAGGGAAGUCUAUCCAUUCAAGUAUUUUCUGCCGUACUUCUCUGGAGGUGGCUAUAUCAUGUCUGCUACCACGGUGCAGAAGAUGUCUCGUAUGUCAGAGACCACAAGGUUGAUCCCUAUAGAUGAUGCCUAUGCAGGAAUACUUGCCUACCGAUGUGGAGUAUCGUUAAUGCAUGCUGGUGGCUUUAUUGUUGGAGGAAGUAGACGCGACGCAUGUAGGUUACGGAAAGCAUUUAACAUGCAUGGAUUUAAACGAACUACAAUCUUUAUCGCAACGUGGAAAACAUUUCGUGAGCCUAAAAUCCAAUGCCGGGAGGACGACCAUAAGAAAAAUUGGUCCCAUAUCGCUUGAUAAUUCCAUAUCGAAAAUGUGCAAUUUAUUGUCCAAAGUACAGAACUUACGCAAGCAGUAUUAUUUAAUUAUUAUACCUAAAAUACUGUAUGCUUUUAAACUAUAUAUUUUACAUUCUCUUAUAGAAUGCCAAAUAGGGGAAGGCGGGGUAAGUUGAGCAUAGGGGCAAGUUGAGCCACCACCCCCAGGCCAAUAAUGAAUGAGUCAGACAUUGUGGUGGUGUCAUGUAUUGAUGACCCAUUACAUAACCCUUAACCCCACCAUAAUAUUUUCAACUUUGAAACAAAAGUAUUUUUUAGAGGGAAAAAUACAAAUUUCAGCCAAAAAAGUAAAAAAAGGUUGUGAAAUGCUUUUUACCCGCACACGUCUCUAAAUAUAAUAAAGAAAUAAGAACAAUAUUGUUGGUCCAGGUAUGGCUUAUCAUUCUUGUCAUAGUCUUUUACAUGAUGGAUGCAUAAAAAAUAAUAAGAAUAUGAAAAUAUCGCAUUAAGUUCGGACUGGGGUAAUUUGAGCCAGCCAACAUGGGGCAAGUUGAGCCAUAGUAAUUCUUAUGGUAAUGUAUAAUACAAAUUUAAAAAACCUUAAAAAGCCAUUGAUAUGCAGGCAGAAAGGAGCCAAUUCACAUGACGGUUCUUUUACUUUUAGAGGAUGUUAGUAUUUAUAGAAAAUUAGCAAGUGAAAAGACUUUAAAUAAAAAAUUGACAUGCUGGUUCUUCCCGCAUACAUAUUGUACAUAGUUUUUGUGGCUCAACUUACCCCAGAAGGUGGCACAAUUUACCCCCACAGAUGGGGCAAGUUGAGCCAUUUGACAUCGUUUCUUUCAAAGGUCACAAUGACUUUCAGUGUGGGGGUAGAAAGUUAUAUAUGGGUGAAAAAUAUUUCCGAAAAUCAAAUCUAAAGGCUAGGUACUUAUUUCUACAAUAUUAUUAGUCAUAUCAAUUCUAACAUGCAAAAUGCAAAAAGUGUCACAACUUUCCCCGCCUUCCCCUACGUGGUCCAAAAUGUUUAUUUUUUCCGGGGUUGGGGGGGGGGGGCUUAUCUGGGGGCUUAAGAAAUAUGUGACAUUAGUGUUAUAUCUUGAGCACCAAGGCAGUAUAUACUUCGUAUUAUGGCAGCUGAAAUUUAAAGUCUGUAAUAUCAGCCCUGUUUCAGGUCUAUAGCGAUAAAUAAGUUUUAAUUGUCUUCGAGGGAACAUAGCGACCGAGCUAAUUUAAAAUCACAUAUUCAAACUGUGAAUAUGUAUUUCAGAAAUUGCAUGCUACACCCAGCGCAUGCGAUUUCGUUUUAGGAAAGGGGAUUUUAUCCUUUCAUGGGCGUUUCAAUUAUUUAUGCGCGAAAGAGCGUAGCGAACGAAUGGGAAUUCUUUUAUUUCAAGAGCAAAACUAUAUUUUCCAGAACUUUUAUAUAACAAGGUAUUGCAGUGCAUUAUGGUUUUAACGUCAAUAUCAUCCCUCAUUAAUUUAUUCAUUACUAAUUAAUAUUUAUGAAGGAGUGUGGUAUAUAGGAAGUGAAACGUAUAACAUUUUCCUAAUCGGGUACUCAUCAGGUGCAUUGACUACAAAAAUAAUACGAUGCUUGGAUUGGCAUGUAGACCAAUUAGAAAUAAACCGACUUAAGAGAGUAAUUCUGUAGCUAGGCUAUAAUGCAAGAUGGCGGUCCAAGCGUCGUGUUUAUUUUUGAAGCAUAUUCACCUGAUGAGGGUUUAUUUCCAAUUAUUGGUCUAAUCAUAAUGCCAAUUCGUCUAAUUACCAACUAUCUACUAUUAUUUGUCUAUCAUCAGUUCGUCCACUAUCCACAUGGUCUAAUUGCCAUUUCAUCCCGCACCCUCCAUUUCGUCUAAUAACCAGUUGAUCCAAUAGUCGUUUAGUCCAUAAACCAUUUGGUCUAAUUGGAUCAGUGUUAAUUGGGCGAAAUGAAUGAAAAGAAAUUGGGUAUUUGACCAACUGGUUAUUAGACGAAAUGGUCGUAGACGAACUGGUGGUUAGACGAAGUGAUUAUUGGACCAAAUGGUUAUUGGACCAAACGGUUGUUAGACGAAAUGUUGAUGGAUGGAAUGGCAUUAGACUAAAUGAAGAUAGACCAUGUGGUGAGUGGACGAAUUGGCAAUAGAUGAAUCGGCAGUUUACCUCUUUAGCCUAUAGGUAAGGGAUGAUAUAUCGACUGAACAUUUAUCAAUAAAUAAACUACUGAAGAAUAAAAAAAAUAAGCAUUUGAUCAUAGCAGAUAAAGGAUUUUUAAAUUUCUAUUUUCCACUGGUAUUUUGAUUUGGGGGCAGGGAUGGGGGGAUUACGUUGAAAAAAAUAUUGCUGACACUAUAUCAUAUCUCCUGGCUGCAAUUGCUUCAAUCAGUUUUGUAUUUUACUCAUCUUAACUUAUCACAUGCUUUAUGUACAUUAUCAGUCUUUGUUUUUAUCUCUUCGAUUGUUACUUUGAAUGUAUUCAUUUAUAUCUUUGUUAUUAUGUGAACCCCGGAUGUGGACAUGAUAAUUCAUUAUUGAUUUAUAAAUGAAAUACAGAAACCCUUGAAAAAAUAAAUAUAUACAUAUCCGGGUGUAUUCACGACCGUUUAAUUUAUUGCUUUGCUGGGAAUCAUUGGAUUACUCUACCCGUAUUUUAGUACAUUAAAUGUAUUAUAAAUUUGACAUUUAAAUUGUUCACUGCAAAACACUGUGUGAAUUCAAAACCAGCCUGGUAUGGCCUACACACCAGAGAGAUGUUGACACAACACCGGUUUGGUCGUGUUAGGCUAACACCUGUUUGGCAUUUAAGCAACACCAGUUAGUAUAGUUAAACCAUGGACCUACUACUCUGUCAGAGUAGUAGGUCCAUGGUUAAACGAAUAUCAGUUUGAUUCUUAACUGGUGUUGUUUCAAAGGUGGACCGAUAAAGAUACCAGGCUGGUGUUAAAUUGAUACCGGCGUUUUUGCAGUAUAAUAAUGUUCAUUUUCUGCCUUGCGGCGAUUCAAAUAGGUGCAUCGUUCAAAAUAAUGAAGUUGCGUUUCAAUACUUACGUUUCCAUGUAACAGUUGGAAUCCGAAUGAUAAUAAAUGAUUAUUUUAAAAAAGUCACUGGCGAUUAAGGCACAGAA